AAUACGUCAUAACAUAAUAAAGACGUGACGUGACGAAGUGAAUAAAAAUCGUAACAUUUAAUUCUAACCACGAAAGUAAUCACAAAAUUAUUCCCCGAUUGGUGUACUAAUUACUGCAUAAACCGUACUCGAACCUAAAUGAGGAUUAUUCUCGAUUGAAAAAGUGCUCAAAACUGCCAGAUCACAAUCCAAAAGACAAUGGCAACCUCCGACAGCGAUGACUUCGAGAGUGCAGACGAAGAAAUAGAAUUCCGAGAGAAUUCAAGACCCUCAAAACCCCAAAACACUUCAAAAUCUUUCAACUCAGUGGUCGAUUCCGACAGUGAUGAUGAACAGUGUGUUUCAGACUCCGAGAACAAAUCCUGGGACUCGAACAUGGCUUCUGAACAAUUUAUACCUGAAACAGCUGUUCAAGGGGGUACGAACUUGUCUGAGGAACUCCGGGAAUCGGAGAAUUCUAAAAAAACACGCGAAAAAGGCCUACACCCACCCAAGAACGCGGAAAUCAACGAAUCCACAGGUUCUUCCAGGGUAAGUACCUGUUUAACCUCUGAUGAAGCUGGUGGAACCGAUAAAAUCGAAAACAGUGAUCAAAAGGGUAAUUCACUAUUGGGAAAAAAGAAAGAAUCAGUUAAUGAAGGAGUAGUGGAGUUGGUGUCUGGGGUGGAAAAUUUAUCUGUUGAGAAAGGGAGUAAGGAUGUUUCCAGUAGAAGACAUCAGAGGCCUGAGAGACAGCGAAAGGAAAAAAUUACGAAGCCAAUGGGAUUGGGAGCGAAAAAAUUGGGGGUGAAGGUAUUUGAGGAAAAGCCUAGACCACCACCUGAGGAUAUUUUUACUCCUGAGGAUAUUAAGAGGAGAGCUAUUGAGGCUGGGAAGGAGCCUCCGAUAAUUCAAGAGUGCUGGGAGGUUGAUGAUGAUGAAGCAACGAAAAUCCUUGAGGAGGAGAGUCAGGGGAGGAAUAAUUGGGUCAAGAAGAGCAAGGACUCGCCAGAGUUUGAUGACGUUCCUGAGGAGCUCAAGUCGAACAAAAGUUUUAAAGAAAUAUUUCAGGGGUCGGUAGGGGGUGGGGUGGAUGGGUGGGAGACUUUUGGGGAUGAGGAGGUGACGAAGGUCGAGGAUAAGGCUGAUGCCAAGGCAGUCCUUGAGAAAUUGGUGGACGUGAGUGAGGAGUCGGGAGGAUGGGGUAGCUGGGGAAGCUGGGGAUCUUCGCUGUUGAAUACUGCAAGUGUUGGGGUUUCUACUCUGACGAAUCAUGUCUCACAAGGUCUGUCCAUGCUGGAGGAAAGCAUGGGGGUGCCUGAUUCUGAGGAAAUUGCCGCGAGUGCCGAAGUGGAUGAGAUUAAAGAGGAAAAACCUUCAACUCCAGAAGGUAGUCAAUUCCAGAGUGGAUUUGGCUUGGGAAGUUGGAUAUCGGGAGUCUCCUCAAUUACGAGAUUAGUCGAAACGACAGGGACCAAAGUGAUUACAGGUGGUCUAGGUACUCUGGAGACCAUCGGAAAAAAAACGAUGGAGGUCCUUCAAGAGGGUGACCCUGGGUUGAAAAAGAAACGAGCUUUUUUCAAGAAUGAAGUUGAAAAGCCAAUUCUCUCGCAAAUUCUCAGAGAAGCGAAAGAGAAGGCAGAGUCAAGUGAGAAGACCAUCGAGAACAAUCAAAUUAUUAAAACAUUUGAAAUUCUUUUUGAUGACGCUCAGGGCCUUGUGCAUCUGGAGGCACUUGAGAUGCUGUCGAAGCAGAUGAGCAUUAAGAUUGAGCACAAGUUGGUUACUUUGGACUCUGACGAAAUGAUGUCAGUGCAAGAGACGCUUGACGAGGUCAAGGAACUCUGUGAUCUCGGGGAGGAGGAUGAAGAUGAUGCGGAAGAAAAUUCCGUGGAGACGUUAAAAUCUGCCUGUACUGAUCUGGGUGUUAGCAUUCAUUAUGGAGGAUUAAACGAGAUUUGGGAAGAAACUAGGAAAUAUCUGACCGAUGUGUCAACCCCAGGGUCAAGUAUAACGGAUAAAGAAGUGUUUCAAAACGCGAUAUCGACACUGGCAAGAUUAACCGCUUACUCAGUCGAGAGAUUUCAUAAAACAGCUGAGCUUUUGCUGGUGAAGGAACGUCGUAGCACAGUUACCGAGGCAGAUGCUCUUGUGCAGUUAACGAAGAUAUUAUCCGGCCAAAUUAGCACUGCUGCGAGCUCAUUUUCAAAGUGCCUCAAUGAACGGAAUAAAAAUGGGGAAGGGAAGCCUAAAGAUACCGAGGAUAUUACUACAAUAUUUCUAGAGGCGACCAAUGCCAGUUCAUACAUUCAAGAUGCAUUCAGGCUAUUGAUUCCAAUUCUCCAAGUGGGUGCACUCUAAUCACGUUCACCUCAAUCAAUUUUUUCUAAUCGAAUUUUCUACGAAAAAAAAAAAUAUGAAAAUGAUGUUCACCAUAAUUGAUUCAGUAUUUUAUCGGCGAGAAUAAACGUCUUUGUUACAAAA